AUGCUAGAACAUUUAAUUUGCUUACAAUUUUCUCAAUUUCAGGGUUCAACAUGUCUUCAUUAUGCCGUGGGUCAUGGAGCUUGGAGGGUAGUGUCACUAAUCCUGAAUACCGGUUACGCUGACGCCAAUAAGAAGAAUGCCUUCGGUUUCUCCCCCAUCAUGAUUGCCGCCAUAAGCGAUUCCAUAGAUGCCUCAGCUGUACCUGUAUUGGAACGACUCUUCGCAUCUGGUGACGUAAAUGCUCGUGCCGGGACUGCUCCUGGUCAAACACCGUUGAUGCUAGCUGCAAGGAAAGCCAACACAACUGUGGUCGAGUUACUUCUUCGACAUGGAGUUGAUGUCAACGCUCAGGAUGACAUUGGAAACACAGCUCUCAUGUGCGCUAUCGAUUGUGGCAACCUUGAGAUGGUUAAACUCUUGAUCUCUCGACCAGAAAUCAACCUGGAUUUGAAGGAUCAGCUGGCUCUUGUAUUCAAUUGA